AUGCUCUUAGCACUUCUUAUUGCUACCUUGUUAACAGCUUCUGUUUAUGGUCGUUAUUGUGUCGACAAUGAAAAGCACUGGUGUCGUGGACACGAAAUUUGGGGCUGGUGCUUUCAUAACAAGACCAGUGGACGAUUUGACUGCGAUAGUGGAGGAUUUUGUGCUUCACAAGAACAACUGAAGAAUAAGAAAAGCGCUGGAUGUUUUUUGAGAGAAAACAAUACCGUAUGCUGUUGUAAUGAUGCGGAUGGAUGUAACCUCGGAUUCAUAUCGCUUCCUCCUAAAUACGCUUCAGGACAGCAAUGUGCCAACACAAUAGAGGAACCAAAUGAGGAUCUCAAAAUCUUCAAAGCAUGUGAAGAUCCGUGGUGUUAUGCCUACUUGACCGCGGCCAGUGAAGGUGAGCAUAUGGGAUUGACUUCGGCUGCUCGUGGCUGCAGAUCCAGAAAGACUUUAAUGCAUCAUAUAGCAAAAGAUCAGUAUACGAAGUAUAAAAAUAACACAAGUUGGAUGGAUACCGAUCGCCUUGUUACUCUUCCUACAUGUGAUGACAUCACCUAUGAUGCUGAAUGGAAUAAUGGAACUCAAGCAAUGUGUCUUGACUUUAUGUACGAAGAGGAAGGAGUUAAGAGGAAAGGUCGUCUCUGCUGCUGCCGUGGAGAACACAAAUGUAAUGAGCGUUUCAUGUGGGGUGAUGAGAGCAUUACCGAGGCAAGCAGUUAUUCCCCUUAUUUCUCCUACAUUUUCUUUCAGGAUGAGACUUUGUAUUCAUUUUAA